AUGCACAAGAUCAUCAUUGUGACGGUGGCGUGUCUCGCGGCGAUGAGCGCCGCUCAAGACCAACCGGUGUGCUCGGUGAAUCAGCUAUUCAACGGACAAAUUUGCACAUGCGCGCCCGGGUACUUCUCCGCCGCCAACGACGAAUCCAAAAAGCGUUGUGAAGACGAAUGCGAGGAGGUCUACUUCUCAUUGUUCACCACCGGCAAAUGUGUCAACAACAUUUUCGGCAACGUGCCGAAAGAUCAGCAACCGGCGUGCAAUCUUCGUUGCGGCAUGCGCAUUCGCUUGUGGGCCACCGUCGCCAUGUUCGUCGUCAUCGCCGCCGCCGUCGCCACACUCGUGCUCAUGCUUCCGAUGUGCAUCGCCUCGUGCGCCUCGUGCCUUCACGCCAAACGGGCCAACAAAAACGCGAAACGAGUCGCCCUUGAAGCUCAAAACAGCCCAAGCAAGGACCAACAAGUCGCCACGAUGGGCUACAAUCCAUACGCUUAUUGGCCAUACUACGGACGUGCCUAA